AUGCCAUACCCAAUCCAGGCCGUCGCUGUAGCAGGCGUAACAGGCAACACUGGCCCGACAGUCACCAAAGCACUCGUCGAUGCUGGCUUCAGAGUAACAGCUCUUACACGUUCAACCACCAAAACAGAAGCUCUCGGUGGUCUAGAUAUCAAGAUCACAGAAGUGAAUUACCUCUCUCAUGAAUCUCUCGUGUCCGCACUCCAGGGAAUCGAUGCGGUGGUGGUUUGUGGAGUGGGAAUGCUCCCCGAGCAAACAAAUCUAAUAGACGCCUCCAUCGCUUCGCACGUAAGCCAUUUCCUCCCCGCCGACUUCGCCAGCGAGCUCGACACACCAGCAAAGCGCAACCUGCGAGUACACAGAGAUAAAGUCCUCACUUUAGACUACUUGCGCGCUCGUCAAUCUCAAAUUUCGUACACUAGUAUUCAUACUGGUCCAUUGCUAGACUACCUCCUCAAUAUCGGCGUGCUUGUCAACCUGAAAGGUCGCAGUAUCACGCUAUUUGACGAUGGAGAGAAGAGAUUCAGUACCACGACCAUGGGCACAGCGAGUAAAGCCGUAGUUACUGUCUUGAAGAAUGGUGAGAAAUUCGCGAAUCGAAAUGUGAGAGUUCACGAUGUUGUGAUGAGUCAGAACCAGCUUUGGAGCCUGGCGAAGGAGAUUGUGCCCGGUACGGAGUGGAGCGUUACGAAGAUGAAUACGGGGGCUUGCGCGAAGCAGGCUGAGGAGGCGUUUAAGUUGGAUCCGGAUAGUAGGAUGGGGAUUCAGUUGGAGAAGGUGGUGGGCGUGUUUGGGAAGGAGCAUAGUUCGGAUUUUGGGGAGGCGGAUAAUGCGGAGUUGGGGAUUGCAAUUAUGACUGAGGGGGAGUUGAAAGAAUUGCUGGCGAGGUUUGUUUGA